GGUUCUUGCCAACAUCUGUGUAGAGACGCGACAGACUAACUGACCUUUUUUGGAUCUUUAAGGGUCGUAUAAAGUGUGUUUGAGUCUCAUGGGCUGUGUUUAGUGGUCAGAUAGAAUCAGAUUCAUUAAAGCCAUACGCUGUUGGUAUAGUGAAACCAUGAAAUCCAGUUAAGCCUCUCAGUAAGGAGUUGUUUCUCUGUGUCAAAGACAUUCCUUGCCAGUGAUAUAAUCUGGAGUUUUUGUCAGCAGGUAAACAGUCACCAGGCUGCGUUCAAAACCACAUCAUGUGAAGUUCGCAUUAGAACAGUCAGAACACUCUGUACCAGAAAGGAUUUGAAUUUUUUCUGCCCAACAAUAAGUUAGCAGCAUUGUUGACACAGGCACAUUCUUUCAGCCCCCCUUCACACAAAUUUAGGGAUUUUUUUUUUUGUUAAUUUAGGGGGUUGUUCCCUCCCUAUAUCCCUAGGAAAACCUGCGGUAGCUCUCACCACCCUCCCAUCUCCACACUCGGAGAUACAGACCGCGAGUGUUUCACAUCAGCCAGGAUCAUUUUAGCUCAAUUGAUGUGUCUCAUGCUGACUUAAAGCAGAGCUUGCAGUGGACAUCCAGCUACACAGGGUUUGGUAUUAUGAACAUGUCUUUUUGCCAUGUUAAUAGCGCAACCUUUAACUAAGGAGAGACGAGACUUGGUGCACUGGACAAACACAGACUGAGUCCCCUCAGAGUCCUGCUCUGACCUCCUGAUUCAGGCAUGGGGAAAGUCUACUAUGUCAGUAAAAAUGUGGGACUUGGGCUGCUUGUACUGGCGGCCAGCGCUCUGGCUACGAUUAUAGCUCUGUCCAUUGCCUACAACAAGGAAAGAGCUAAGAAUCAAGGCAAUCCAGGACAUGGAUCAACAGACAGCACCAGCAUGCCUUCACCCGCCACUACCCCCUUCAUCUCAAAGGAGCCUUGGGAUCACUACAGACUUCCAGACACCCUCGUUCCUCUCCACUACAAUGUGACCCUGUGGCCUCGGUUGGAGCUCAAUGCAGAUGACAUGUACAUCUUCACUGGACAUUCAGUAGUGGUGUUCAAAUGCAUGAAGGAAACAGACCUCAUCCUCAUCCACUCCAACAAGCUGAACCUCACCAUCUUCAAUGGGCACCAUGCUAAGCUGAGUAGACUGGACGACGUCACUGUACCUGCUAUACAAAAGUCUUGGCUUGUGGUGAAGACAGAGUAUCUGGUUCUUCAGUUACGAAGCAAACUAACUGUGGGAACACUUUAUAAACUUUACACUGAAUUUCGGGGGGAGCUGGCAGACGACCUGGAAGGCUUCUACAGGAGUGAAUACAUUGACAAUGGUGUGAAGAAAGUUGUUGCUACCUCGCAGAUGCAAGCAACGUACGCCAGGAAAACCUUCCCUUGCUUUGACGAGCCAGCCAUGAAAGCCGUCUUCAACAUCGUCAUCAUCCACAAUCGAGACACCGUGGCUCUGUCCAAUGGCAUGGAAAUUGACACCGCAGACACUGUCAUCGAUGGCGUGGCUGUCAGAAAAACCACAUUUGAGCCCACAAAGAGAAUGUCCACAUAUGUGCUGGCAUUUAUUGUCACUGACUUUGUUAACAUUCAGACGAACGAACACAACAAUUUGUUGAUCCGAAUCUGGGCUCGAAGAAAAGCCAUAGAAGACAGUCAGGGUGACUAUGCUCUCAGUGUUACAGGGCCGAUCCUUCAGUUUUAUGAGCACUAUUACAACGCAACAUAUCCACUUUCCAAGUCAGAUCAGAUAGCUCUGCCUGACUUCAAUGCUGGGGCAAUGGAGAACUGGGGUCUGAUCACAUACAGGGAGACGGCCCUGCUCUUUGACCCCAUUAUAUCCUCCACUGGAAACAAAGAGAGAGUUACAACUGUCAUCUCCCAUGAACUGGCACACAUGUGGUUUGGAAACUUGGUGACUUUGCAAUGGUGGAAUGAUCUGUGGCUGAACGAGGGCUUUGCAUCAUACGUGGAGUACCUGGGAGCUGACCAUGCUGAGCCCACCUGGAACAUUAAAGACCUGAUUAUUCUAUAUGACAUCCACAAAGUCUUCGCUGUGGAUGCCUUGGCAUCCUCCCACCCACUGUCCCGCCGAGAAGAGGAGGUCAAUGAUCCUGCUCAGAUCAGUGAGAUGUUCAACACCAUCUCCUACAGCAAGGGAGCAGCGGUGCUCAGGAUGCUGUCAGAAUUUCUCAGUGAGCCUGUUUUUGCCAAAGGACUCAGUUCUUACCUGAAUACAUUCGCCUUCAAGAACACAGUAUAUACAGACUUGUGGGACCAUCUCCAACAGGCAGUUGAAAACACACCAGGCAUGCAUAUUCCACACACCGUCCAUGACAUCAUGCACCGCUGGACCCUUCAGAUGGGCUUCCCAGUGGUCACUAUUAACACUCGGACAGGAAGUAUCACCCAGAAACACUUCCUGUUGGAUCCAGACUCAGUGGUGGACAGGCCCUCUCAGUUCAAUUACACAUGGUUUGUCCCGAUUAAAUGGAUGAAGACAGGUGUGGAGCAGCAACAGUACUGGCUCCUUCAUAAGACAGACACCAACAAUCAGAUGAAAGCGUCAGGAGAGGAUUGGGUGUUGGCGAACACCAAUGUAUCUGGAUAUUUCAGGGUGAACUAUGAUGCUGAAAACUGGAAUCGUCUCCUCUCCCUGCUCAACACCAACCAUAAGAGUUUAUCAAUCAUCAACAGAGCACAGAUCAUAGAUGAUGCGUUCAACCUAGCAAGAGCUAAAAUAAUCAAUACAACACUAGCCUUGAAAACUACCAAAUACUUGUCCAAGGAGAGAGACUACAUCCCCUGGGAGUCAGCACUGAGAAACCUCAACUACUACAUCCUCAUGUUUGACCGCUCUGAGGUCUAUGGAGCUUUCCAGGCAUACCUCAAGAAACAAAUCCAACCACUUUUUGACCACUUCAAGACAAUUACACUUAACUGGACUAGAGUACCUACAGGACACACCGACCAGUAUAAUCAGAUUAAUGCUAUUGGAACAGCCUGCAGUAUGGGUGUGGUGGGUUGCAGGGAGCUGACAAAAAGCUGGUUCAAACAGUGGAUGGAAAACCCACAUGUAAAUCCGAUCCAUCCCAACUUGAAAAGCACGGUUUACUGCAUGGCCAUAGCCUUUGGUGGCGUGGAGGAGUGGGACUUUGCCUGGAGAAUGUUCAAGAACGCCACUCUAGCAUCUGAAGCUACCAAGCUCAGGUCAGCAUUGGCCUGUGCCAAAGCACCUUGGCUUUUGAACAGGUAUCUGGAGUACACCCUGGACCCAACUAAGAUCCGCAAGCAAGACACCACCUCUACCAUCCAAUACAUUGCCGGAAAUGUUGUGGGGAUGCCGCUGGCCUGGAACUUCAUCAGAGAAAGAUGGAGCUUCAUUUUCCAGCAGUAUGGAAAAGGAUCAUUUUCCUUCUCUAAUCUCAUCAGUGAUAUCACAAGGAGAUUCUCUACAGAGUUUGAGUUGCAGGAGCUAAGGAAAUUCAAAGAAGACAAUCGAGAUGUUGGUUUUGGCUCAGGCACCUUGGCCCUGGAGCAGGCUAUAGAGAAGACCAUAGCCAACAUCAAAUGGGUGACAGAGAAUAAAGCCCAUGUGCUGAAGUGGUUUACUGAGGAGUCCACAUGAGAAUACCUGGAAGUCAAAAUGAUGCUCUCUCUCUUUUUUGUGUACUGUCAGGGAUAUGUAAUGAAUGACAAUCACUAUAAUCAUCAGGUACAACAAAUGCCCUGUUCUUUUCUUGGUGACUGAUGUAACACAAUACCUCACUGGACACCAACUUCAGUGCAAAAGAACAGACACAUGAUCAUCAGUGGAUCACAUGUAUCAUUAUAUCAAGAAAUUUAGUUAUCAGUUGAUUUGUAGUUGAACUCUCACCUCUAGUCUGUGAUCAUCAUAAAGAAAACCAGUGUAACAAAAAUAGCUUUACUCACAUAACAUUUAUUUUUACCAUCAAAAAAAUAUUAAUAUAUGUCGCUUUCUUUUCACAUUAUACAUUGCUGCUUUCUAUGAUGUAUGCAAAGCAUGUAUACCAUAAACACAGGGCAUUAAUCCACUAGUAGAGCAUCAGAGUGACUUUAAUGUAUUACAGUGAAAUGACUGAAACUGUGUUGGAUGGACACCACACAUUAAUCAUGAUACCUUUCAUGCAAACUUGAUUCUGUAUGAUGGACUGCGUAACAGUUCAAUAAAAUUGUCUGUGUGUGGGUGUGUGCCUGA